GGUUUCCUUUUCCGGUCUGACCGCUGAGGAAACUGUAAAAGCUAUGCUGGGGAGGCAGCGCGGAGCUUGAUUCACCUUCACCUGCUCUGGCCACCCGCUGACCCGGGGUUUCCGGCCGGAGAGCAGUCAGAUAUGAACGGACGGGUGGAUUAUUUAGUCACGGAGGAAGAGAUCAACCUGACGAGAGGACCUUCGGGGCUGGGCUUCAACAUCGUCGGUGGGACAGAUCAACAGUAUGUCUCCAACGACAGUGGCAUCUACGUCAGCCGUAUCAAAGAGGAUGGGGCUGCGGCCCAGGAUGGGCGGCUCCAGGAGGGUGAUAAGAUCCUCUCGGUAAAUGGCCAAGAUCUGAAGAACCUGCUGCACCAAGAUGCUGUAGACCUCUUCCGUAAUGCGGGAUGUGCUGUGUCCCUGAGAGUACAGCACAGGUUGCUGGUUGUUGGAGGUUCUUUUGGUCUUCGUGAAUUUUCACAAAUCCGGUACGAUGCUGUGACAAUUAAGAUUGAUCCUGAAUUGGAGAAAAAAUUGAAAGUGAAUAAAAUAACUUUAGAGUCAGAGUAUGAGAAAAUAAAGGACUCCACUUUUGAAAACUGGAAGAAUAUUCGAGGUCCGAGGCCUUGGGAAGAUCCUCAACUCCUCCAAGGACGAAACCCAGAAACUCUUAAGCCUAAGACAACCUGACUGUGCUCAAUUUUUUGUUUUGUUUUGUUUUUUUCAAUGAAAUGUUCUCAUCUUGAUAUGUAGGAAGAAGAUUCCAGACCUGUGGAAACCUGGAUGUGAAUAGUAUGAUGGCAGAAAUUUUUGAUUAAAAAGUCAAGUAUAAGUCUGUAUGCUUUUCAGUCUACUUGCAAAUGAAAAUAGUAGUGUUGAACACACACACACACACACACACACACACACACUCCACUACCAAUCUAUAAAAAAAAUGUGACUACUACUUCCAUAACAUGCCAUGAAUUCUACUUUCCUAUUACCCACUCAUACUCUUUCUAGUCACUGGAAUAUUUUUGCUAUCUCAGUUUGGUUUCUGAUGAAAAUCAUAGGCAUAGAUCCAGAUUUUCCCAAUAAAAUGGUGACUUUAUGUUAAGCUUAUAAAUAAGUGAUCAUAAUCUAGUAAUGGUCUUAUAUUUUAUUCCUAAUACUUUAUAACUCAGCCUCUGAAACCUGUUCAUAUGUAGUGCAUGAUGGUAAGAAGAUGUGACAUUUUUGUUGAGGUUAUGAAAAGGCUGUGUUGUGCAGUAGCAUAAUCUGGGAGUUGGUUCUAGUUUGUUUGUUAGAUCUCCUGUAGUCUGAUCCUUAAACAAAAUGGUAGGAAAGGUAAGAGUUUUGUUUUUAAAACCAGUAGCUCAUUUUCUUCUUUUACUUCUGUUUAGGCAGUCUCAAUUCUCUACCUUGUGUAAUCUCAGUACUGAAUUCUAAAUACCUGAAGUUUUAGCUGAAAUAUUCCCACUAUAACUAUUCCAAAUGAUAAAAACACCCCACUUUUCUCUCAAUCAAUUUUAAUUAAUUUCAACACAUUAGUUUUAGUGAUCUUAGAAUAUUACUUAAUGGAUAAUUACAAACUGACUUCAAAGUUAGUGGCUUAGUUAUUUUUCUGUUGCUGUGAUAAAACACUGACCAAAAGCAACUUGGAAAAUAAAGGGUUUAUUUUGCUUACACUCUUAGUCAGGGUAGGAACUCAAGGCAGGGACUGAUGCAUUGGCCAUGGAGGAACAUGGCUUCCUGGCUUGCUUCCCAUUUCUUCCUCAACUUCCUUUCUUAUACGGCCGAGGAUCACUCCGGAUAGCACCAUCUACAAUGGGCAGUUCUCCUACAUCAAUCAUUGUUCAGAAAAAUUACCUGUAGACUUGCCUACAAAAUCAUAUAGAUGUUUUCUGGAUUAUGAUUCCUUCUUCUCAGAUGACCCUAGGUUGUAUCUAUUUGAUAUGAAAACCAACCAUAAUAAUCUACCCAUUGUCAAUUUGACACAGCAUUUCCUAAGCCACAACCCUUCUUGUUUGUCCAUGGUGUCAUGCUAAUGUCAUAUGACAGUGUGAAACAUUCCAAUUUUUAAAAGUCCCAUAGUUUUUAAAUUUUUCAACACUUUAAGUGUCCAGUUUUCUUUUUAUAUAGUACCUAAUCUCUUUCAAAAUACAAAGGCUCUUUAAGUCCCCAAAUUUAUCUGAAAUACUAAAAGUCUCUCUAACUGUGGGCUCCUGUAAGACAAAACAAGAACAAAACUAAAGACAAAGAAGUUAAAGACUUUUUUUUACCCUGGGAGGGAAGAACUAGGGCAUGCAUAGUCACAAUCAAAUAAAGUCAAAAUCCAAAUCC